AACGCGCCCUUGUUCCCAUCUCGCCCUUCAAGGGGGAAGACAAAGGCGCAUGCGUCGGAAUCCCCUCGCACGCCCGGAAACUACACGUCCCAUGAGGCGCCGCACUACCGCGAGCAUGCGUAGUGCGUGCCUUUCGCCUUGCACCGCCCCGGAGCCUCAGCGCUGUCGCCAGCGCCUCCGAGAGUCCUCGUCCGGCCUCGGUACGGUGCCUCUGCGGCGGGUGCGGGACUCCGGCCACGGGAGCCGUCGACCUCAGGGAUUUCGUAGGCAGAGGCCGCGGCUGCCGUGGGGGGCGGGAGGGCGGCAUGUAAAUUAGACAGCGCGCAUGCGCCGGAAGCAAAGCACGCCGCGGCAUGGAGAAUGCGCAUGCGCCCCAGCCACCAUGGCUCUGGUGUCGGCUGACUCGCGCAUCGCGGAGCUCCUGGGAGAGCUGCACCAGCUCAUCAAACAGACGCAGGAGGAGCGGUCGCGGAGCGAGCACAACCUAGUCAACAUCCAGAAAACACAUGAGCGGAUGCAGACAGAAAACAAGAUCUCCCCGUAUUACCGGACCAAGCUUCGUGGACUCUACACAACUGCCAAAGCUGACGCGGAGGCUGAGUGCAACAUCCUACGCAAGGCGCUGGACAAGAUUGCGGAGAUCAAAUCCCUUCUGGAGGAGCGGCGCAUUGCCGCCAAGAUUGCCGGGCUCUACAACGAGUCAGAGCCACCCCGCAAGACCAUGCGCAGGGGCGUCCUCAUGACCCUCCUCCAGCAGUCAGCCAUGACGCUGCCCCUGUGGAUCGGCAAGCCUGGGGACAAGCCACCCCCACUCUGUGGCGCUAUCCCCGCUGCCAGCGAUUACGUGGCUAAGCCGGGGGACAAGGUGGCCGCUCGUGUCAAGGCCGUGGAUGGGGAUGAGCAAUGGAUCUUGGCCGAAGUGGUGAGCUACAGCCACGCCACCAACAAGUACGAGGUGGAUGAUAUCGAUGAAGAAGGCAAAGAGCGUCACACCCUGAGCCGCCGCCGCAUCAUCCCGUUGCCCCAGUGGAAGGCGAACCCUGAGACAGACCCCGAGGCGCUGUUCCAGAAGGACCAGCUGGUGUUGGCGCUGUAUCCCCAGACCACCUGCUUCUACCGGGCCCUGAUCCACGCCCCACCCCAGCGGCCCCAGGACGAUUACUCGGUGCUCUUCGAGGACACGUCCUACGCGGACGGCUACUCCCCGCCCCUCAACGUGGCCCAGAGAUACGUGGUGGCCUGUAAGGAGACCAAGAAGAAGUGAGGCGGUGGGAGCAGAGCUUGGGGGGGCCGUGAGUAUAAUAAAGGCUUCUCCGCCCCCCCCA